UUCUCUCCCCACAGACACGCGGAGCCACCCCCUCCCCCGCCCCGCGCGUCCCGCCCCCCGCGCCCGCAUAUAAGCCCGCCCGCGCCGCCCUCCGCAACACUCCCCUUCUGACUGCACACCAACGCACACGCAACCAUGGCUCUGUGGACACCCUACGCUGACGAAGCCGCCUUGGACUUAUCGAAGUCGGCACAAGAAACAGUGACGUACUCGCGAGAGUACUACGCUCCUCAGUUAACGGUUCCGCCGGAUUAUUUACCCUACAAUAGGUAUUACGCACCAGUUGGACAAUUAUCACCAGGAAGCAGUUCUUCAGGAUACGAUUCAGUGUCGUUCAGUCCUAUGACACCGAGACAUGUGACGUUAUCGCCGCCCGCGUCACCUACCGAGGUCACUUCAAAGAGGUCCUACCACAUGAUAGACGCUGACUGUUUAUCAGACGACCCGGAUUUCCAAGAGUUUGAAAGAAACGCUUUAAGAGUGAUGGCGGAGAAGAAUGGAGGUGCGUUAUUAGGCAACAACCCGCGCAUGCGCCGUGCUGUGAGGUCCACGCAGUCCGACGCCGGAGACGACGCGUACAGGCGCCAGAGAGAGAGGAACAACCACGCGGCCAAGCAGAGCCGCGACAGGAGGAAGCUGAGGGAGAUUCAUCUCGCUCUCAAAGUCACCUACCUCAGGAAAGAGGUUGCCGCGCUAAAAGCAGCCUUAAGUACUAGAGUGUGUGGUCGAUGUCAGCAAACCUGCCUUUGCUGAUAACUAAGAACUUUUUAGGCUAAGUUUGUAAAUAAAGUUCCUAUUCAAAAGACUGUGCAAUGUACCGUAGAAUAAGAUAGUUGUAAGUAAAUGUUUGUAAAACUUGUAUGUAUGUGUAGUAGUAAUGUGCAAUUAUUUAAUGUAAAUUAA